AUGGCGACGUCUCCAUCGACCUCGAACGGCACAGCGCCACGCAUGUACAAGUACGUACAUGAGAUGAGCCCGGAGGAGCGAUUAGAAUCACUCAAAGAGUGGGCUGAAGACAAGCAAUACAUUCGGCCGGGCGAGGGAGGUACCUUCUCGGUGCAUGGUCUGGGUGGGAUGAAGUCGAUGGCGAACGGUGGACCGAUGCCAUAUGCGCGAAGUCAGAGCCAGGCUGCCGAUCAGUACGGUGGGCAGUACGAUGCGCCUGUUGGACCUCCGUCGUAUCGAGUCGCCACGAAUGAAGAACAGAGCGAGGUGAAGAAGAAGGGCGCUGUGAAGAGAUGGUUAGACAAGAGGAAAGAGAAGAAAGAAAUGAAGAGGAGGGAGAGCGCGCCUGCAUACUUUCCAUGA